AUGGGUGGUGGUGGCAAGCUCGCUCCUGCUGCUGUGAUGGUCUCCAUGGCGGUGCUCAUGGCGGCGGUGACGACGACGUGCCAAGCGGGGGCGGUUGGGCCGUACUACCAUGGCCCUGCUGCUUCGUGCGGGCUCAAGGUCGGGUACUACCGUGACAGGUGCCCGCACGCCGAGGACAUCGUCAGGGGCGUCGUCGGCGCCGCCGUGCUCCGGGACCCCGGCGUCGGCGCCGGCCUCGUCCGCAUGCUCUUCCACGACUGCUUCGUCGAGGGAUGCGAUGCCUCCGUGCUGCUCGACCCGACGCCGGCCAACCCGCAGCCGGAGAAGCUCGGCCCGCCCAACAACCCCAGCCUCCGCGGCUACGAGGUCAUCGACGCAGCCAAGGCCGCCGUCGAGGCCGCCUGCCCGGGCGUCGUCUCCUGCGCCGACAUCGUCGCCUUCGCCGCGCGGGACGCCUCCUUCUUCCUCAGCCACACCAGGGUGGCGUUCCAGAUGCCGGCGGGCCGCCUCGACGGGCGGUACUCCAACGCCUCGCGCACCCUCGACUUCCUCCCGCCGCCGACCUUCAACCUCGGACAGCUCGUCGCCAACUUCGCCGUCAAGGGGCUCAGCGUCGAGGACAUGGUCGUGCUCUCCGGCGCCCACACCGUCGGCAGCUCCCACUGCUCGUCCUUCGUCCCCGACCGCCUCGCCGUGCCCUCCGACAUGGAGCCCUAUCUCGCCGCCAUGCUGAGGACCCAGUGCCCGGCGAAGCCGAGCUCGAGCAACGACCCCACGGUGGUGCAGGACGUCGUGACGCCCAACGCGCUGGACAACCAGUACUACAAGAACGUGCUCGCCCACAGGGUGCUCUUCACGUCGGACGCGGCGCUCCUGACGUCGCCGGCGACGGCGAAGAUGGUGGUGGACAAUGCCAACAUCCCCGGGUGGUGGGAGGACAGGUUCAAGGCGGCCAUGGUGAAGAUGGCCUCCAUCGAGGUGAAGACUGGCAACAAUGGCGAAAUCAGGAGGAACUGCAGAGCCGUCAAUCACUAA